AUGUCUCGCGAAGCCUAUCAGGUUCCCUCCCUCGGCGCCCAGAACGCCUUCGGCACUGAGGGCGGUCUCGGUGCCGGCUCCACGGACGGCCCCAUUGUCGCCUACCUCUGCGGCGAGUGCAAUGCGCGCGUCUCCCUGAAGAGAGGCGACCAGAUCCGGUGCAAGGAUUGUGGCCACCGGGUGCUGUACAAGGAGAGGACGAAGAGAAUGGUCCAGUUCGAGGCUCGUUGA